GUCCCGAGCAUUUGCGGUUCAGGCUGACUGAGUGACUCUAUCAUCAGAAUUUCGCCCGUGGCAAAAGCCUGUGAUUGGGUCCGAACGCAAAGCUGUUCUCAACUUUAAUAUGCGCCUCAUGAACGCGCACAGGAGAACGCUGUAGGAUUAUCGGAGAGAAAUAUCGCUCAUCAUCACCUUUUCGCGUUUUCUCAUUGACACACGCGGGCGAGUGUGUGUGUGUGUGCGCGCGAGCGCGUGUGUGUGUAUGUGUGCGUGUGUAUGUGUGUGUGUAUGUGCGUGUGUGCGUGUGCGUGUCUGUUUAAGCCUAAUUUUUUAAAGGAUGAUAUAUUUUGGAUAUUUCCUGUUUCUUUUUUGUGGGCUCACGCGUGUCAUGGCAAGCUACCCGAUAUGGUGGUCUCUGGCGGUGGGACACCAGUACACAUCUCUGGGUACUCAGCCCAUCCUGUGCAGCUCAAUUCCUGGUCUAGUACCCAAACAGCUCCGCUUCUGCCGCAACUAUUUGGAAAUCAUGCCUAGCGUGGCGGAGGGAGUGAAAAUCGGCAUCCAAGAGUGUCAGCAUCAGUUCCGUGGCCGCAGAUGGAAUUGCACGACUAUUAAUGACAACCUGGCCAUCUUUGGACCAGUGCUGGAUAAAGCCACACGAGAAUCAGCAUUUGUCCACGCGAUUGCCUCAGCAGGGGUAGCGUUCGCUGUGACGCGGGCUUGCUCCGAGGGCUCCGUCACCAUCUGCGGCUGUGACACGCGGAGGAAAGGACCGCCAGGCGAGGGCUGGAAGUGGGGUGGCUGCAGCGAGGAUGUGGAGUUUGGCAGCAUGGUAUCCCGAGAGUUCGCUGAUGCUCGUGAGAAUCGGCCAGACGCUCGCUCAGCUAUGAAUCGGCACAACAACGAAGCUGGACGUGUGUCAAUCACAGACCACAUGUACCUGAAAUGUAAGUGCCACGGCCUUUCGGGCAGCUGUGAGGUAAAGACCUGCUGGUGGUCGCAGCCUGACUUUCGAGUGAUAGGCGACUACAUGAAGGACAAGUAUGACAGCGCUUCAGAAAUGGUGGUGGAGAAACAUCGGGAAUCACGAGGCUGGGUCGAGACCUUACGACCGAAGUACACCUUCUUCAAGCCCCCUACCGAAACUGACCUUGUCUACUAUGAAAGCUCGCCUAACUUCUGUGAACCCAACCCAGAAACCGGCUCAUUUGGCACCCGUGACCGUAUAUGUAACCUGACAUCCCACGGCAUCGACGGCUGCGACUUGCUUUGUUGCGGCCGAGGCCACAACACUCGAACUGAGAAGCGCAAGGAGAAAUGCCACUGCAUUUUUCACUGGUGCUGCUACGUGAGUUGCCAGGAGUGUACGCGAGUUUAUGAUGUCCACACGUGCAAGUAAGAAACCACCAAACCAAAACCAGAUUGGACCAGAGAUUUGGGGUUGUGAACAUGCGAGAGCCUUCUGUCUGAAACUUGUGGAAUGAGUUGAAUUGAAUUGUUUGUGGUUUCUCUAAUAAGAUAAUCACAAAAAAGAGAUACAGUGGACAGUGAAGUAACUCUAGAACACUGUUAUUUCAACAGACAAAAAGAAAAAUCCAUAAAGGCUUUGCUCUCCAUUGUUGAGGACAAAUAGAGGCCUGUGGCUCUGCCCUGGAAGGGACUUAUCGUUUCCAGUCUGAUACAGGAGGGGAUAAGUGAUGGAUCAGAUUACUAGAGACUCAGGCCCUUGGGAUCUUGACCAAUUGUGUCUUCAAAAAAAGAACAGAAAACCUUUGAAAGGGAGAGGUUUUGUCGGCACGUGGCUGCAAACUCAAGACAGGACAAUUCUAUAUGAAUAGCAAACUGAAUAGCAGGGUUUGCCAUGAGCGCCUCUGAAAUGUGGUGAUAGUUGCAUUAUUAACGAUAGCCUUACUACUAACACCAUUAAAGAAGCUAUUUGUAUCUUUUUAAUACAAAGUGCAUUCCUGAAUACCAGCAAACAACCCAUUAACGGAUUCCUUUACAACGUAUAAUACACGUCAUGCUGUCUCUGUGUGUAAGACCAAACACUGAACUUAUAUAUUAGGUUGAGUUUAUUGUAAGUUACUAACGUUAGGUUACGAAUGCACUUGUAUCUGAGUGAAUGUCCAUGCAUUGUGUAUAUGUCAGAUUUCUUGAAACGACUUAAGAACUCGUCGCACGUAUCAAGACCUCUUCUAUCUAAUGUUGUUUAGAGUGCUACUACACUUGGUUUGAUUGCUUGGUCUGAACCAGAGUUCAAUUGCUCGCCUUUUUCCCCACCCCUGCUGGAUUGUGUUCACACUGUAUUUUUGAGUCUGAACCGUGGUAAACUGUUUACCCCUUAUUGCUAGAUAACUACUUAGGAGAAGGCUGAGAAAUGGACAGCGUUGCUCAGUUUUGUACUUUGGAUUUUUAACCCUUGGGCUCGUUUCCAAAGGGUCAACACAGUCUGUCUGCCGUGAAUGUACUGCAAAGGUUCCAAAGAACGUCUGACUAUAUGAUAUGCCAUCAAUAGAGGUUCACUUAAGCAACUUAGGACGACUGCAUUCAUAUCUGCAGUGAAUUUAACUCAUGGACUUGAUUCACAAGUACCUGAGUUCAGAAAACAGCGUUCACAUUAUCCAAACAAGCUGAAUCUCAAAACUCAAACGCACCCAGUUGUGCACCAGAAGUGCUAGUGUGAAAGCACCCAGUUUUCCCCAAAGAUCAAUAAUCUGUUAAAGCUAAAACAAGCAGAUGUGAGCACUUCUAUCUUCAAAUGGAGCAUGAUAUUCUUUUGCCUUAUUUGUGUGUGACAGUAUUAUUGAUAUAUCACAAACAUAGAGGUCCAUGACAUUUCAGAAUGAAUAUUCAAGGUAACUGUGCCUUUAUUCAGUAGCUGAAACACUGUUCAUUUGCAAGUCACUUUGCAUAAAAGCGUCUGCUAAAUGAAUAAAUGUAAAUGUGCAUGCAGGGUCCAAAAUUAACACUUGCCAAAUGUCCAGUGUGAGUAUAGGAUUUUUUGAAAAUAAUGGAAAACAGUAUCAAUGCCUGGUAUAUUUUCUCGUUUCACCCACCUUUGAUCACUAUUUUUCAUUUUAGAUUUUUAAGGUUAAUUUUGGACCCUGAUUAUAGGUUUUGUUUCUGCUAUGAUAAAAUGAAUUAUUUAGUUUUCAUUCACAAUUGUAAUACUCAAGCGUUUUCAUGUUUGCCUUUAAUAGCCAUUAUAUGUGAAUUCAUGACCAAAAUUAAUGUUUUUUUUAUCCUAACUUUCCCUACGCAGUUGUACAUGAAAGUUAGCAGCAGUGCAGAAACUAAAUGAACUACCCUCAUUUAUAAUGCUGCUAACUAAUAAUAGGUUUGUUGUUAUAUUUAUGCGUGAUUAUGUGCUUGUGCAUUUGUGUUUCUCUGUGUAAAUCUACUGUACGUGUGUCUUGAUGUUUGUAUGUAAAUGUGUCUGUAUAUGUGCAUGACUCUUUGUUUUCUUCUUUCUGUGAAAGACACUGUGUAAGCAUAGUUAAGAACUAAAAUGUGAAGUUUUCUACUAAUGGAAUCUUGAUAGAGUUUGUGUUCAUUAACCAAAUAGAGAUAUUCUAACACUUUUGUGAGUCCUUUUGAACAAUAGCUUAUAAAACAUGUAAUGUAUGAAAAUUAAGAUGCAUAUGGUGUUAUUGAAAGCCACGCUAUAUUAGUACCACUGAACAACUUUCUGAAGAAAACUUUGUGAUCAUACCUAUGGUCCAUUCGGUUAAAAAACAAUUUGUAACUAGUAAACUCCAUAGGAUAUGAACUGUAAGUCGGUCUAAUAUUGCAGGGAAAUGUGAGAAGGCAGAGAUAAAACCCCAGCUUGUAAAAUUCUUUGGCAGAAGUUAUUUUCGCAGAUCUUUCCUCAAAGAAAAUUAACUCAAGUUUCCUCUUGCCCAUCUCACACUGAUUUAAUCUCUCAUCAAUCAGGGAUCAUUUCAAAGCACAUGCCCUAUUCAGCCUUCCACAAAGCUUUAUUUAACAUAAUGAUCCACCCCUAACUACAAAAUCAAUACUUCAUGUUUUCAUGUGUACAUCACUGCAUCUAAAUUUAGAUUGUUUGCUUCCACACAGUUCGAUUUGUAUUCUAAACAUGGUCUUAAAUUCCAAAGUUUUGUACGGACUAGUUCUGUGUUUAUGGAUUUCUGGAAGUUCUGGAUUUUUUUAUGAUUAUUUAUUUUACUGUAAUGUAUAUAUUAGCAAGAGUAUAUAUUUGCUGACAAAAGAUUAUUACUUGUGAGGAAAAUGUUGUUUUGUGUAACAGUUUUACCGGCAACCAGAAUCUGAUGUUGCUUCUUUUUUCACUGACCACAUAGGAUGCACUGUAUGUCCUGCUCUCUGUUAUUAGAAUUCUAGCUGUUAAUGUUAUAACCAAAUUA